UUCAAUUCUUCAAAAGUGAAACAAAAUUUAUAGGAAAAAAAAUGAGUGAAUUGAUUAAUGGCCAACAUGAGGAUGAGGUUUGACUUUAAGCCGCAACACACCGUCCUAACGUCGUCACCAAACUUCCCAUCUACCACAGACUCCACUGGUAGCAAGUGCCUUUACAAUUGUUCGUGCUACUGUUGUCUUCAGGGAUGCUGUGUGGCAACUUGUUGUUGCUGCUGUUGCUGCAGCGCAAGCUUCUAUUCGCCGACAACACCUAUACAGACAGAUGUAAAAAACUUUGUUCGGAAGCCGCCAUUCCUCUCAAUAACUGUAUCGACAGCACAUCGAUGGCUAGUUACAGUUGCUUCUAUUUUAAUAGGAAAUAUAGUAUUGCAUAAGAAAGGGCAAAGUAGUAUAUGCAAUCCUGGGAAACGAGUUAUAGUAAGCUCAUCGUCCGUAUCAACAUCUUCAACAUCUAUUAGCCCAACAGGUCAAGCUAAUGCAUCUGCGGACAUUAAGUUAAAGGAACAGCACACACAUUGGCAAAAGCAUACUUCUUAUGACAUAGCAAAUGAUCAGCAACUAAAGACAAACAAUUUGUGCAAAAUGUUCUGUAACAAUCGUAAGCGACAAAGAAGACGUCGACGCCGACGUAGGCGACCACGUAGGCGACCAAGACGUCGGCACCGUAGCAAUAGAGACACAAACCAUUUGGGAGCUGCGAGCAACAGACAGCGAGAGUAUCAAAUGGAAAAUACACAGCAAGAUGAUAUAUUUCAGCUAAGUCUGAAAAAGGAUAAUGCUCUAUGUUUCUCGCUUGAUUCAUUAAAGGCAAUGCGAACUCGCAAUAACUUAGUAUCUACUGACUCAACCUUAAGACAUUGUUCAAAAACUAAACGAAAUCGAGCUAAUCUUGUCUGGUUGUUAAUUGGUCUCUUCUGGCUAGAAGUCAAGUUUAUUAACUGCAAUGCUGUUGGUAGUGGUAGUGGAUACGUCUCGAAUCUAGUUGCACAGAGAAGCUGCACGUUAUGUCAAUUAGAAGACCAUUUUUACAGCAAUAAGGUUUAUUUGGGAAACAAUAUAUCGGGCUGAUGGUGGACGGAUGGUACAAUUUGAUAGCAGAGUUGGUCUUGGCAUAGACUCCGGUGGUCCCAUUGAACGGGAGCAAGACCAAAAGGAAAGUUU